GCUUAGCCCGCGUCCUAGGCUGGUGUCCCUCUCCCUCUCUCUCUCACUCGCUCGCUCACUCUCGCUCACGCAAGCGAGACGGAAGCAGGAUGGUGUCGGCGUGGCUGAUGCUGAUGAUGAUGGCGGUGAUGGCUUCUCAAAGCGCGGCCGUCACCCCUGUAGCCAAGGCGACGACUGAGCUGACAAGGAUACUCACAGAGGAUUACGACAAGAAGAUCCGCCCUCCUGGAAGUGGUGGCACACAGGUGAAACUUCAGGUGUACUUCAGAAACAUAGAUAUUGACGAUGUUACAAUGGAAGCAAACUUUGACAUCACCUUCAGAAUGCUGUGGAAUGACUCAAGACUCGCCUACUCGACCAUGCCAGGGGCGGACAGAGUGGAGUACGUGCCCCUGCUGGACCCAUCCCCGCUGUGGCUGCCUGACCCCUUCUUCAAGAACGCUGAGAUCACCCAGUACAAGUCCAUCCACCCCGAGCUAUAUCUCAGAGUCUUCCCCGACGGCAACAUUAUCUACAGCACCAGGAUAUCAUUGCGCCAGUCCUGCCCGAUGGACCUGAGGCGAUUCCCCCACGACACCCAGACCUGCAUGAUAAAAGUGGCCAGCUACGGCUACACCACGAAGGAUGUAGAUCUGACGCUGCUGAGUUCGCAGUCUGUUGAGUUCGGGACUGGUAUACACGCUGACAGGUUCCAGUUUGAGGGAUACAGUACUGAGAUAUGCAACUCCCGCACGUCCACAGGCGAGUACAGCUGCGCGCAAGUUAACAUGAAGAUAAGACGAGAAUUCGGAACAUACUUGACCGAAUGCUACAUCCCCUGCAUGUUCCUCGUGGUGGUGGCCUGGUUCAGCUUCCUAGUGCCUGAGGGUCAGUUCGUGGGGCGUGUGCUGCUCACCCUGGUACCUCUAAUCGCUCUCACUUCCUUCAGUAACGCAUACAAGAGUUCUCUAGCCUCCGUUCCUUAUAUCACGGCCAUGGAUACUUUCAUUGGAGUGUCUCUGUGCAUUCUCUUCUUCACUCUGGUCUACGUGAUUCUGUGCAACGCUCGUUCCGCCAAGAAGGGAGAGGAGAAGCCCUCCGUCAGCAGCGAGGAAGACGGCGAGGUCAAGACAGCAAGGGAGGCGGAGGGCGGGUGGGUGCGGCGCUUGGCUCACCAGAUAAAGGAGCGCGCCGAAUACCUCUCUCGUGUCGCUUUGAUUGGCGUCUACUUUUUCUUCCUGUUCGUGUACUUCGUGGCUUUCUGCGGCACUGGCUAGACACACACACACACACACACACACACACACACACACACACACACACACACACACACACACACACACACACCUUUACAGUUCUCUAAUAUUUAGCUUCAAUUUUUUUUCCUUUUUUUUUUUUUUUAUUAUCAAGUUCGUUUUCUGUUUGUUUGUGACGUAAUUCAGAUGUUGUAGCUGUAGACAGUGUGUUGUUAUUUGUACUAGUAGUUAGGGUAAAAUGAAUUAUUAUUAUUAUUAUUAUUAUUAUUAUUAUUAUUAUUAUUAUUAUUAUUAUUAUAGUAAGUAGUAGCUUAAUGUUUGUUUUUGUAAUUAUUUCACUUAUAAAAUGUAAUGUUUAGUAUAAGCUGAUGAGUUAUAAUGAUAUUAUUAUUAUUGUUAUUAUUAUUAUUAUUAUUAUUAUUAUUAUUAUUAUUAUUAUAAUUUAUGAUAUUUUUUCUUAACAUACGAUAAUUGUUUCUUACUCAAUUUUGAUAAAGUUCUCACAUAUUCUUGUCUAAACUUAUAAAUGUUAACUAAGAAUUAAAAAAAAAAAAAUAAAAAUACAAAA